AUGGAGGUGCUCGCCGAAGGACCCCGCCAAGUAUCAGUCCCUAUCGAAUCUCAUCGACCAAGGCUUACUGCGCUCCCCUUUGAGACCCUUCGCCAGAUCGUAUGGGAUGAGGAACUCGAUCAAGAGGAUGUCGCCGCCCUUCGACUGUCCUGCCGAGCGCUUCUCGGUCCCGCCUCGAGUCGACUCUUCUACCGCAUUCGCAUAUCUAAGCUGAACCGGGAUCGGGAGAGUUUUUUGUCGAUUUGUCAGAUUCCUCGGUUAGCUUUUCACGUCCAUGAGGUAGAGUGGCAGGAGAUUUCUUGGGAUACCGAGUUGUUCGACCGCACUUCGGCACCCCUUUGCCUGCCUAGCUCAUGCAACAUCAUCGAAUGCGACGGCGACGAAGAGCUUGUUACGCGUGUCUCGACAUACCUACGGGGCGAGGCUGAAGCCGCAUUUUGGAUGCGAAAUGCGCCGCCGAGACCACGUUUCGGUGACGUGAUCGAGGACGCGAAUCAUUUUGAGGACUUGGAAAAAGAACGACACCAGGCUGUUGCCGCGUUCAAGGAUAAUUUCGAGGCCGCCAUCGACCUCCUCCCGAACCUACAUACAUUCGUUUCGGGGCCUAUGAACACAACACGGGUUAUCAAUGACCCAGAGUCGGAAUACCCGGUGGAGGCGAGAAUGUUCCAGCGGUUCCAGGAGUGGGUUAACGGGAAGGAGGAUGGAUAG